GGUGCAGCCCCUGCGCGAUCGGUGGUAGGAGACCCACCCACAAGUUGGAACAAGUGGCCGAGAGCCGGACACCUGAGCUGUCACUCCCGAAAAGCCGGCAGCACAGGUGUGUGAGCACCCGGCCGCCUUCCUGCUCCCCCUUGCGCUCUGGCUGAGGUGAAGGAUUGGAGACGUUGCUGCUUCGCCCAAGAUUACCAGUAUGUAUUUCUCAGGCUUUGGACUAUAUUUGGGUCUUCUACUCAUCUCAGUUAAUGCAGAAUUUAUGAAUGGUGAUGUCGAGGUGGAAGACUUUGGUGGAAAUUCAGAUGAGGUUGAUGUUGAAAUUGAAAAUUCUUCACAGAUUAAGUAUCAGACACCUCAGCCCAUAGGAGAAGUAUAUUUUACAGAAACCUUUGAUAAUGGGAAUUUGGCUGGGUGGGUCUUAUCAAAAGCGAAGAAAGAUGAUACAGAUGCUGAGGUUUCUAAAUAUGAUGGAAGAUGGGAAAUAGAAGAGCUAAAAGAAAACCAGGUACCUGGUGACAGAGGAUUGGUAUUGAAAUCUAGAGCAAGACAUCAUGCAAUAUCAGCUACGCUAGCAAAAUCCUUUGUAUUUGCUGAUAAACCUUUGGUAGUUCAAUAUGAAGUAAAUUUUCAAGAUGGUAUUGAUUGUGGAGGUGCAUACAUUAAACUCCUAGCAGACACUGAUGAUUUGAUUCUGGAAAACUUUUAUGAUAAAACACCUUAUACCAUUAUGUUUGGACCAGAUAAAUGCGGAGAAGAUUAUCAGCUUCAUUUUAUCUUCAGACAUAGACAUCCCAAAACUGGAGUUUUUGAAGAGAAACAUGCCAAACCUCCAAAUGUAGACCUUAAAAAAUUCUUCACAGACAAGAAGACUCACCUUUAUACACUUGUAAUGAAUCCAGAUGACACAUUUGAAAUAUUAAUUGAUCAAAUAGUUGUAAACAAAGGAAAUCUUUUAGAAGAUGUAGUUCCUCCUGUCAAUCCUCCCAGAGAAAUUGAGGAUCCCAAUGAUAAAAAACCUGAAGAAUGGGACGAAAGAGUAAAGAUCCCUGAUCCUGCUGCCAUCAAACCAGAAGACUGGGAUGAAAAUGAACCUGCCCAAAUAGAAGACUCAAGUGCUGUUAAACCUAAUGGUUGGCUUGAUAAUGAACCAAAAUUUAUCCCAAAUCCUGACUCUGAAAAACCUAGUGACUGGAAUGAAGACAUGGAUGGAGAAUGGGAGGCACCUUAUAUUCCUAAUCCAGCCUGUCGGAUUGGAUGUGGCGAGUGGAAACCUCCUAUGAUCAAUAAUCCAAAAUACAGAGGACUAUGGAGCCCACCAAUGAUCAAUAAUCCUAACUACCAGGGAAUCUGGAGUCCUCAAAAAAUUCCUAACCCAGAUUAUUUUGAAGAUGAGCAUCCAUUUCUUCUGACUUCUUUUUGUGCCCUUGGUUUAGAGCUUUGGUCUAUGUCCUCUGACAUCUACUUUGAUAAUUUUAUUAUCUGUUCAGAAAAAGAAGUAGCCGAUCGCUGGGCUGAAGACAGCUGGAGAUUUAAAGUACUGGUUGCAAAUGCUAACGAGCCUGGUGUAUUUAAGCAGUUAAUGACAGCUGCUGAAGAGCACUCGUGGCUUUGGCUCAUUUUCGUUGUGGGUGCAGUGGUAUUAAUUCUUCUAGUAAUAUUAAUUACGUCAUUUUGUUGGCCAAGAAAAGUAAAGAAAAAAUAUGAAGACACAGAGUACAAAAAACAGGCCUUAUGUAAACUACAAACAAAGGGAGCUCUGGAGCAAGAAGUUAAGGAAGAAAAGGCAGCCCUGGAGAAGCCAGUGGAGUUGGAGGGAAAAACCAAACAAAGUGAUGGUGAAAUUCCUGACAAAGAAGAGGAAAGUGGACCUGAGCGGAAGAGUGAAGAAGAAGAAGAAGAAGAAGAAGAAGAAGAAGUAGUUGAAGUCAUAGGAGUGCACGAAGAGGGGAAUAAAUCAAAUAAGUCCGGAUCGGAGGAUGAGAUGAAAGAAACAGAUGAAAGCACAGGAUCCGGAGAUGGACCAAUCAAAUCACUACGCAAAAGAAAAGUACGAAAGGACUGAACUGUAUCGAAGCAUUUCAGUUCCUGAGAGAUAUACUUGGCAUUUUAAAGUCUCCGUGCCAGAAUUAACCUGGAAUCAGUCUAUACAUCCUGUUAAUAAAUAUCUAGCAAUGUUAGUCUUUCAGAUAUUAUUCUUUCUUUUCAGGGGAAAAAACAACUUUGAAGUUACAUCAUCUUUGAAUUUGGAAUUUUUAAAACGUGGGAAAUUACAUAUCAGAUUUGUGAGAUUGAUAUUAUUAGACAUUACAAUUUUAAUAGUUUGAAGACAGUUUUGGUUUGUACCAAGCAAAAUGGUAUGUAACAACCUCACUGCUUUUGGAAAAGUCUGUUAUUGGAAUUCCCACUAAAAUGGCUAAAACAAGAUAAGUGGUAGUUUUGUAAUAAAAAUGAGAGUGUGUCCUGUUGCACAGAGCUAACUGCAAUAAACUUUCUUAUCGUUGCUUAUAUCAGCAA